AAUAAUAAUAGAGUGUGUAUCUUGUCAAUUAAUAGCAUCGAUCAGUUGUGUCUAAUUACUAGGUGUUAUUUUGGAUGGAGAAUGUUGUUGUUGGUUACUACUCUAUGAAUGGGGGAUUAAAGACGACGUCCCGUGAUGAGAUGAUGGGAGUAGUGCAAAAUCAUAAUUUAUCGGUUAAGAAUAAGAAAAUUAAGAAGCCCAGAUUUGCUUUUCAAACUAAAAGUCAGGUUGAUAUACUUGAUGAUGGUUAUCGAUGGAGAAAAUAUGGACAAAAGGCUGUCAAGAACAACAAUUACCCAAGAAGCUACUACAGAUGUACUCAUGAAGGAUGCAAUGUGAAGAAGCAAGUACAGCGCCUUUCCAAAGAUGAAACAGUUGUAGUGACUACUUAUGAAGGAAUGCACACUCAUCCUAUUGACAAGCCCAAUGAUAAUUUUGAACAAAUCCUUCAUCAGAUGCAUAUUUUGCCUAAUCCUCCCAUUCCCAUACCCUUUAAUUAAUGCUACUGCUCUGUUGCUUCAGCAUUACACUUUUAAAACAACUGCUACCUAAUUAACAUCACCAAAUAAUCCAGCAUUGGUGUAACCAUCACUAAAUGUUUAAUUUGGACUCUCAAAAUUUCUUCUUCUUUCUUUUACAUAUAAUAUACAGUAUUUGUUUCUUUCGAAGUCACAAAGGUUGGCCUUCUUUUGAAGGGUAAACUACAGUUUCAGAGAUUAAAUUCAAGCUGUGUUGUAGUUUCAGCCUCAAUUAUAAAAAUUUUCAAUA